UUCUCGUUGUGAUGAAUGGCGUGGAGUUCAGAACCCGACACAACGACUACAAACUGCGGAUGGCCAGCAGAAGCGACUCCACCUUCCACAAGACUGAGUAUAUCCCGUUCCCUCCCGUCCCUGACAGUGUCACCAAGAAAGCCACUGUGCAGGAACAAAUCCAGGAGAUGCGUGAGUACUUCCGCGCGUUCAGGGACCAGAACACCACUCACCGUGACUACAGGCCCUACUUCCGGCCAGUGCUCUGCUACAUCGAGGGUGGCUGGUCUACGGGGACGAAAUCUUUGGACGAGCCAUUCCAGAGUGACCGCCAUGCCAUCGACGCCAGCAACUGGUUUGACCUCAUGGAAAAGAUCCGAUACACAUCCUACACAGGCUCUAAAUCUGUUUUGGAAAACUACGCCUUCCUGCCCACCACUAUCAACAGUGUGGAAAAUGGACACCCUCACUACGCCCAGUGGAACUACAGGAUCCUCUGCCAUCCUUUGAAGGACGACCUCCCUGUGAGUGUGUUCAAGCCUGAGGACGACCUCCUGUACCGCUUCCCCAACAGAGUCGGCAUGGACAAAGUGGAGGUUUCCAGAGCCCAGAGAUACCACGUCAACGCCGAGGAUGUAGACCACUACGGCCAUGGUCGAAGCCUGCUGGACAACCUGAUGAUGCAGAUUCCAGGGGCAGACAACUACCCAGCCGAUCUCCAUGACAACAGCUUCGACAUGGUGAUGGAGGACGUCCGCUUCAACAACCACACCCUGGUCAACACUGGCUACUACCACCGCUACUUCAAGACUCUGGACAAGGGGGCUAUGGGGACCAAGGUAUACCUAUGCUCUUCCAUUGGAGAUCAUCUACAUGAAUCCUCUCCAGUCUUGGAACCCAUUCAACCUGGAAACCAAUAUGACUGAGACUGAUAUCAGAGAUCACGGCAGACGUAUCGGGGGACCAGAGACCAGUAACGCCUACAAAGGAACCAGCGUAAAAAAGGGUGUGCUGAAGAUCAACACGUGUGACGGCCUUAGAAGCUGUUGGGACGCUCACACCAACUAUGUUACACAACUGUGAGCGACAUAUAUCAUUCCAGUACUGCUGCAACUUCUGACGAUGUGGAGGGAUGUGGACCCAAAAAUGGACAUCCCUACUGGAUGUUGGAGGGAAAUUCCCUAAAUAGGUUUUCUGACCGACACUUGUCAGAAUGUUGCUUGUUUGAAAUGAUCAGGGCCUUCUUUUAUACUUUUCUACUGUCUUUAUACCUUUUAUUUCCCUUUUUGAAAAUUUUACAACAAUAAUCGGAGAUCUGUUCAUGCAUCCAUGGUGAAAUAAGUCGUCUUCCGGGUAUUCUGAUAAUGUUACCAUAAAUGUUAUUCAUAAGUAGAGAAAGUCUGUAAAUAUCACCCAGUCUUCUCCCAUUAUAAUGCGAGUACCUUAAAAGCUGUUUCAAGCAGGGAAAAGGAUAUGUCUUUCCUAAAGUUUGAUAAAGAUAAGAUAAGGAUAAGAUAUGGAUAAUAUGACAAAAGACAUGGAUCAGGUGGUAGCAGCAGUAUAGUUUAGUCUCCCAAGAAGUACACAGAGUAGGCCCUAUAUUUCAUCCUACUCUCUCCUGUUUAUAUAAGACUAAGUUUUUGAUACAAUUUAGUUGAGUACUCUGAGUUUUCAGACUCACUUUGUGAAAUCAGAAAUCUCGGAAAUAAAACUUUAUUUUAUUAAAAAGCGCGGUUUUACGUUCCAGUAUUCGCUGUUCUAUUCCUUUGCUAAUAAUCAUUCGUUAAUAAUAAGUCGGUGGAUCGGCCGUAUUCUACGGGGUAGGAAAGUCAAUUUAAAAAAACCCACAAAAAGAACAACAUUUUAACAGCUCAAAUCGUAAAAGAACAAACUGAUGUUGUCUAUUAUCGUACUCUGUGCUUCUUUUCUUCAGUUUGAGAAUCUAAAAUAUGUCUUAACAACAUGGAUGUUUGACAGGGGUUGUUUUUUGUUUUUUUCUUUGUUUUUUUUUUGGGGGGGGGUGUCUUUUUCUGAAUUUGUUUUCAGAUAAAGCGUGCUCACACAUUUUCAUUUCAUUUCUUUCUGUCCAUUUCCUCACCAAAAAUUUGAAAAAUCCCAAAUAAAAAAUUA